AUGAUAAACCUUGUGAAGAGAGAAAGAGCAAUAAAAGUUUUUAACUAUUUUUUUGAUUUAAAAAUAAAAUUUUAUAUACAUGGAAAAAUAUACAAGAAUUAUUUUUCAAACUAUGAAAAGGGUUUAGAGCAAAAAGAAAAAGAAAAUGACAAAAAUGAGGAGAAAAAUAUAAAUUGUAUUGAUAUUAUUGAAAAGGAGAAGAAUAAUAAUUUACAACAAACUUGUUAUAAUAAAACAUAUAUAUCGUCUAAGGAAAAAAAAUUAAUUUAUUUGGAAAAUAUAAAAAAAAAUACUAUGUAUAAAUUAAAUAUACAGAUUGAUGAGGCAACUUAUGAAGACUUAUUAAAUUAUAAAAAUAUAAAAAAUGUAAUUUUAAUUCAAAAUAAAAAAGAUAUAUUAAAAUAUUUAAAUAGUUAUAUAUUAAAUAAUAAUAAAGCCAAAUAUUAUAUUUUAAAAGUCUUAAUGUUUACAAUAAUUCAUAAAAUAAAUGAAUAUAAAAUUAAUGAGCUAAUAUAUAUAUUACACACUUUUAAAGAGAAAAAUUUUUUAAACCCAUUUAUAAUAUUAUAUAUAUCAAAUAAAAUAUCUACAAAUGAGGAAUUUAUUAAAAAUAUAAAUAUUAAUGAAUUUGUUUUUUUAUUAGACAUUUUAAAUAUUCCAUUAUUAAUAACAAAUAAUUUUAUACAAUUUGUUCAAAAUUUUAUUAAUAAAAAUCUUGACAAUUUUUCAUUUACUGAUUUUUUUAUUAUAGCAUAUUUUUUAGCUAAAAAUAAUUUAUAUAAUGAAUAUAUUUUUAAUACUAUAGCAUUUUUUUAUAAACAUUUUGGAACCUAUUUAAUUUCAAAGAUUUUACAAGAAAAAAAAAUUUCAGUUAAUUUUGACCAUAUUUAUGAUAAUGAUGAAAUAAUUUGUGAAGAAAAAGAAAAGUGGAAAAAGGAACUAACGAAUGUUUCAGAUAUUUUUUUUAAAGAAAUUCCUAAACAUUUAUUUAUUUUAUCAAAAUAUGGAUAUAAAAAUGUGUGUAUAUAUAAAAAUAUUUAUAAAAUAAUUACUUUGAAAUGUGAUAUUUUUAAACCUAGUGAAAUAAGCUCUAUAUUAAUAUCAGCAAAAAAUAUAAAUUUAUUUAAUAGUUUUUUAUUUAAAAAAUUAACUGAAUGUAUAACAAAAAAUUUAAGUCAAUAUAAAAUAUGUGUAUUAUUAGAUUGUUUAAAUAGUUUGUCUUUUUUUAAUUAUAAAAAUAAUAAAUUAAUAACAAAAAUAUUAGUAACAUUACCAAGAACUAUACAAAAUUAUACUUCAAACGAAUUUGUUAAAUUAGUAUUUUUUUUAAAUAAUUUUAUUAUUUUUUCAAAAUAUUUUAUAAUUUUUUUUAAUCAGCAAAUUCUAUAUUUUUCAUCAUCUCUUAGUAUAAACCAUUUAAUCAUAUUAUUAAAAUUUUCAAUUUAUCAAAAUUUUAUAUCUACCCCUAUUUUUUAUUUAUUAAAUAUUAAAUUAACAAGUUUUAUUUCACAUAAUAAAGUUGUUACCCCAAAUUAUGAACAUAAUAUAAAACAACUAGCUUUUAUUCAUGAUAAAAAAUCUCAUACAAUAUAUAAGGAUAAUACAAAAAAAUAUAUUAAUGAAAUUAAUUUAAAAAAUAUUUUAGAUAUUUUUCAUUUAACUUGUUUCAUUUCUUCAGAUUUAUUUCACAAAAGUUUAGAUUAUUUAUUUAUGAUGCAUAAUAAGUUUGAACAAUUAAGUUUAGAAAAAUUAAAAGACAUAACACAUAUUUGUAGUUAUUUUAUUUUAAUUCAUAAGGAUUAUGAUCAUUUUUGUAAAAAUAAUUUAUAUUUAAAUAUAAGAAGUUUUUUUGAUUUUAUAUAUUCUGAAUUGUUCAGAAAAAUUGAAGAUACACAAAAUACGAAUUAUCACUUAUUAUAUCAUGACAAACCAUCAAUCACUGAAAAUUAUGAAAAUAAUUAUUCAUAUAAUAAGGACGAACUUAUAGCUUUCUUAAGACUUAUAAAUAAUAUUAAUGAAAUAAAAGUUAUGCACAACAAUAAAUAUGUGAUAUGUAAAAAUAAAACAAUACACUACAUAAAUAUUUUAGAAACAAUUAUAAUAACAUUUCUUUUUGAAUUAAUGUAUCAAUAUUUGACGAAAAAAAAUAUAAAUAAAUAUAUAUAUAUAUAUUUUUACAAUUUCUGCAUUAAAUAUAUAAAAUUUUUAUUUUUCAACAAAAAUAAUAUCAUAGCUAGCUAUACUAAAACAAACAACCACUGUUUAUUUUUAAUUAAAAAACUUCUUCCUAUAAUAUAUUCUCUAGAUUUUAAAAAAUAUAUUAACCCAAAUCCAUAUCUUAUAUCUACAUAUGUAUUAAGACCAUUUCAAAAUGAAGAUACCGAUUUAUUUACAAGUUGUCAUAAAAAAAGAGAAAUAAUAUACCAUUAUCAAAUAAUUAAAGAAAUGUAUGAAAUGUUAAAAAAUUUAAAACACAAUAAUUAUAAAUUUAAAUUUAUUAAUAAGAAACAUAGUCAAAGGAAUUCAAUUUUCUUAUAUACCGAUUAUAUAUAUGUAAAAAAUAUUAAAACACAAAAAAAAAUAGCUAUUUUAUUCGCACCACAAAAUUAUUAUUACACACCAGCUGAUGAGCUGAAAAUCAAUUUUAAUUCAUUUGACGAUCCAAAAUUUAUUGAAAAAAUAUCUUUGACUAAAUUGGCACAAAUACAGUUGGAAUAUUUUAAUAUGUUCUUUUCUUCUGUCCAUUUAGUCCCAUUUUAUUUAUGGAGAAAAAUGACUUUGGAUGAGAAAAAAAAAUAUUUCCUAACUUUUUUAGAACAUGAUAAUGGCAAACCAAUCUCUUAG